CGCUGAGGUCGGGGAGGCCGCCAUGGAAGCGGCGGGGGCGGUGGCAGCUCCGGCUCCCGCUCCCUGCCCCGCCGGCCCGGGGACCCCGCCCGCCCGGGAUCUGCUGGACGUGGAGCGCGGCUACGCACGAGGCCUCCGCGACACAUUACUCCUUGAUGCCAAACGGCCUGCUGACAGAGGCACCAGAUUACAGACGGUCCGGAUGGAGAGGAGUAGCCUACUGGACACAGUACAGAAUUUCUUACCACAGAUGGAAAGAGCAAACAAUGACCUAAGGGAAAGAAUGGCAGAAGCACCACCUGGUCUGUUUGAUAUUGAAAAUAUAGAUGACUCACUUGAAAAAAUCAUAGAAAUGGACUUGGCCUUGGUUGAAAUGAGCGGUUCUGAGACAGAUGGGGAACUCAGUUCAGAAGAAAGUUCAGACUCUGACAACAGCGGUCCAUCUGAUGAAGUGACCAUACAUAACAUUAAGUUUCCUAAACCAAAGGGAGAAAAAGGCAAGAUAGAAGUUUUGGACAGUUAAACAAGUAUAUCAAGUGAUUAAAGCUGUUUUAAGGCUUGGUUGUAUGUGCCUGUUUUUCCCAUAUUUUGAAACCUGUGUAUGUUGGUUUAGCAAAUUAAUCCAAGCCUUCAAAAGUUCUGUAACUAAUACAGUUUUUCCACAGUAGAUGCUUUGCAUUUCAGAUUGUGGUGUCUGUAAUGCAUUUGUAAAUUGUUUAUACCUUGUUUCUUAAAGAAACAGACACUUUUUUUUUCCAGAUGCUGUUCGUAAACAAUUCAGACACUAAAAAGAAAUAAAAUUGCCAGAUAUCUUUUUUUUUUUA